AUGUCUCGCCUCGCACCGAUCGCAGGCUUCACUCGCUCAAACCACAUAACCAUCGUUUGCAUCACAGCCAUGAACCUCAAUCUAUCGGCCUCACUCAACGCGACGCGCCUACUCUUCAAGCCGAGCAUAUGCUUACCACACCACACCGUGUCCACAUUCAACGACUUACCAAUCCCGCUCGACAGCGUGCUGCACGCCCGGGGUCUCAAGGCCAACAUUCGCGCCGUCGUGCUCGACAAGGACGACUGUUUUGCCUAUCCCGACGCCAAGGAGGUAUACGGGCCAUACAAAAAUCACUUUGAGAAAUUGCGCAAGGCUUAUCCCGGGCGGAAGCUGCUCGUCGUCUCCAACACAUCCGGCGCCACAACCUGGGACAAGAAUCUGUUGCAGGCCGCUGAAGUGGAACGGAGCACCGGGGUGCACGUGCUGCCGCACGCGGUCAAGAAGCCCGGGUGCGGCCCGGAAAUCAUGGCGUACUUUGAAAAGCACCCGGAGACGGGCGUGACGGACCCCUCGCAAAUCGCCGUCGUCGGGGACCGGCUGACGACGGACAUGAUGCUGGCCAACAUGAUGGGCGGCUGGGGCUUUUGGAUCAGGGACGGCGUGGUGCCAAUGCGACAGAAGAGCAUGUCGCCUAUACAAUAUCUACGCAAAACGACCGACAACAUGAGUCUUCCUCUUGGUGGCGGAGCCAUGGGCGCGCCGCCAAUGCCCAUGGCUGGCGGCGCCGAGGACCAGGGCGUCAAAGCUAUGAAAGCGGCAAUGGAGUCAUGCGUCGGCAAAUCCGUCAUGUCUGGCGUGAUGGGUUUCGGCAUGGGCGGUCUAUUCGGCAUGUUCAUGGCCUCUGUACGUCCCCCCUCCCCCUCUCUCUCCCCUCUCCCUCUCCUCCUUCCCCCUUCUGGUCCUAACCAUACUCUUUCCACCACCACCCAGAUGUCCUACGACACCGUCGGCACCUCCCUCGCCGGAAACCAGGCCCACCAAGCCAUUGCCAACCUGCCGCUCCGGCAGCAGCUCAAAGUCGGCUUCAAGGACAUGGGCACGCGCUCCUUUUCCAUGGCCAAAAACUUUGGCAAGGUCGGCGCGCUCUUCUCCGGCAUCGAGUGCGGCAUCGAGGGCAUGCGUGCAAAGAAUGACCUGGCCAACGGCGUCGCGGCGGGCUGCUUGACCGGCGCCAUCCUGGCCAAGAAUGCCGGGCCGACGGCCAUGGCUGGCGGCUGCGCGGCGUUUGCGGCGUUUUCGGCGGCGAUUGAUGCGUAUAUGCGACAGCCGGGCGAUGAAUAA